AUAAAGGCUGUUGGCCAGAUCUGCUCAACGGCCUCGAUUUCUAAUAAUCUUAUCCAAUGUCUGACCUUAGUACGAAAGACUGCUGCUGCAGGCGCAAAGGUAUUGUUCCUGCCAGAGGCCGCGGACUAUAUUGCCUCUUCACCCGAUGAGUCCAUAGCCCUUGCCCAGUCCCCAGAGAGAGAAAAAUUCCUAUCAGCUCUACAGGAUGCUGCUAAAUUGGAGAAAAUCCAUAUCAAUGUGGGAAUCCAUGAAAUUGCUACUGAGAACAAACUCAAGAACUCCCUGGUAUGGAUUGAUGAUCAGGGAUUGAUCACCCAAAAUUAUCAAAAGAUCCACCUUUUUGAUGUGGAUAUCAAAGGUGGCCCAAGUCUUAAAGAGUCUGCAAGCGUUCAGCCGGGCAAAGGUAUCCUCCCGCCCUUCCAGACACCUGUUGGGCGUGUUGGACUAGCUAUCUGUUUCGACCUGCGUUUCCCUGAAAUUAGCUUGGCUUUGCGUCGUCAAGGGGCCCACCUAAUAACUUAUCCGAGCGCGUUUACAAUUCCAACAGGCAAAUCUCAUUGGGAAUUCCUUCUGCGCGCAAGAGCUAUUGAGACUCAGUCCUAUGUAGUUGCAGCAGCGCAAUCAGGUCCUCACAACGAGAAAAGACGAAGCUAUGGCCACUCUAUGAUUGUUAAUCCAUGGGGCGAAGUGGUGGCUGAAUUGGGCGAUGAGCACGAGGAACCAGAAAUUGCCACGGCGGAGAUCGAUCUCGAUCUUGUGUCGAAGAUUAGGCGCGAGAUGCCGCUACUGAGAAGAACGGAUGUUUACUCGGAGGUCUGA